AUGGAACAUAACAUCAGAUACCCAUCUGUUUUUGUCGUGGAUGCACCACAGCAAAAUCCCCCAUUCGUGCUGCCGGUGUACAAGAGCCAGAAGAAAUGGCAGCAUGGGAAGCUGCUCCUGGGGAUUCUGCUGGUGCUGAUGCUGGCUGCCUUAGCCAUUCAAGCCUAUUACCUGAUCUGCUUCCGCAAGGAACUGGACAAAGCAGCGGCACAGGCAGAAGCUGGUGCAACCUAUGAAAAAUCUGUACAAGGUCACACACCUACUGCUGAAAAACCAGCUGCUCACCUGACCCUAGGUGCCUCCAUCUCUGCGGCUGCGAAUGGAGCUCUGCUGUGGGAGCACAAGAAGGGAGUGGCCUUCCUCCGUGAGAUGGGCUACAAGGGCGGCUCACUGAUCUGCAACAAGUCCGGUCACUACUAUGUUUACUCCAACCUCUUCCUGGGGCAUUCAGACUGCCCAGUCACUCACCAGAGCUACCUGUUUGUCACCCACACAAUAUACAAGAGGACUUCUCAGUACCCUGAGGAAAUGGAGCUGCUGACCAACAGCAUUCCCUACUGCAACCUGAAGGACAGUCAGCUUUGGAGCCACAACAGCUUCCUCGCUGGGGUGGUCCAUCUAGAAGAGAAUGAGGAAGUCUUCAUCAAGGUGUCUCAGAUGCAUCUGGUGCGGGUCAGUGAGGAAUCGAGAACAUAUUUUGGCACCUUCAUGAUCUGAAAGCAACUAGAGGUGUGUACAGACAAUGGUUCCCAUGGAACCAUGAGAGUGGCUUCUUCCAUAAACUGUCGGGGUGGCCUCCGUCUCCAAUCCUGCUUCAAAAGCCUGAGUAUUUUCCAAAUGUAAUGGAUGAGGCUGGCCACCUUGCUGAGGGGCAG